CGCCUGAUGUUCGUGUGUGCAGCUCUCGAGGAGCUCAGGACGCUCUCUGACGGACUUUAGAGGAUCGGGAAUGAAGAUGUUGAGAGAUCUGAACAUCAUAAAUCCAUAAGGAGCUUCAUUCAUCUGCAGACUGAGCGAAUGUGCUGGAAAGCAUGUUACAGAGGAAUUCUGGGAAAGGGACGACGGGCGGCGGUAAGGAGAACAGCGGCAGCGCGACAUCGGUGAUACCAGAGAGGAUGUUAUUGUGUCACUGUUAUCAUCACUGUCCUGAAGACUCCACCAACAACACCUGCAGGACUGAUGGUUACUGUUUCACUAUGGUGGAGGAAGAAGAGGGCGGCUCUCCAGUGCUCACGUCCGGCUGUCUGGGGUUGGUGGGCUCAGAGUUUCAGUGCAGGGACACUGGGAACGCUCGACUGAGGAGGAUCCUGGAAUGCUGCACCGAUCAGGAUUUCUGUAACCGAGACCUCCAUCCGAUGCUGCCUCCGCUCAAGAGACCCGAUCAGGACAGCAGAAUUCUUCACAUAGCUCUGUUCUCCUUAAUGGGCGUCUUCUUGGGUGUCAUCUUGCUGGGUUUCAUCACCUACUGCUACCAUAGAUAUAAGCGUCAGGGGAUGCGGACGCGAUACAGAAUGGGUCUGGAGCAGGAUGAGACCUUCAUUCCUGCUGGAGAAUCUCUGAAGGAUCUGAUCGAACAGUCUCAGAGCUCCGGCAGUGGAUCUGGACUCCCUCUGCUGGUGCAGCGAACCAUCGCCAAACAGAUCCAAAUGGUGAAGCAGAUCGGGAAGGGCCGUUACGGCGAGGUGUGGAUGGGUCGCUGGAGGGGCGAAAGGGUCGCCGUCAAGGUUUUCUUCACCACAGAAGAAGCCAGCUGGUUCAGAGAGACUGAGAUCUACCAGACCGUCCUAAUGAGACAUGAGAACAUCCUGGGUUUCAUCGCAGCAGAUAUCAAGGGCACUGGCUCGUGGACGCAGCUGUAUCUGAUCACAGACUAUCACGAGAACGGCUCACUGUACGACUACCUCAAAUCCACCACGCUGGACACCAAAGCUCUGCUGCGACUGGCGUACUCCGCCAUCUCCGGACUCUGCCACCUGCACACCGAGAUCUUCGGCACGCAAGGCAAACCGGCCAUCGCUCACAGAGACCUGAAGAGCAAAAACAUCCUGGUGAAGAAGAACGGCACCUGCUGCAUCGCUGACCUCGGGCUCGCCGUCAAAUUCAUCAGUGACACUAAUGAAGUGGACAUCCCACCCAACACACGGGUCGGCACCAAACGCUACAUGCCUCCAGAGGUGCUGGACGAGAGCCUGAACAGCUGUCAUUUCCAGUCCUACAUCAUGGCAGACAUGUACAGCUUCGGCCUGAUCCUGUGGGAGAUGGCCAGGAGAUGUGUUUCCGGCGGGAUGGUGGAGGAGUAUCUGCUGCCGUAUCACGAGCUGGUCCCGACCGACCCGUCCUACGAGGACAUGAGGGAGGUGGUGUGUGUCAAGAGACAGAGACCCUCGUUCCCCAACCGCUGGAGCAGCGACGAGUGUCUGCGGCAGAUGGGCAAACUGAUGACCGAGUGCUGGGCUCACAAUCCUGCGUCCCGUCUGACCGCCCUGCGGGUGAAGAAGACGCUCGCCAAGAUGUCCGAGUCUCAGGACAUCAAACUGUGAGAAGAGCGUCGCUCCGUCCCGAUGAGACAAGGGCUUUAUCCUGCUUUCUGUGAAAGUUUAUUCAAGCCGCUCACCGGACAGAGAAACACCGCCCCCUGCAGGACACCACGGGUCACACUCCUUCAGAUAAACACUGAACACCCAUGCAGCAAACAAACCACUCAAAUGUAAUGUAUUUUCCAACUCACACAACAUUACAAAUGAAGCUUUUUCCUUCACGUUUUCCAGAAGAAUUCGUCCAGUCGUUUCCUCACUCCUCGUAUGAAUAAAUAUGAAUGUACAUAUUGAAUGGCAUGAGUUAAAAAGAAACGUUUUGGUGCGUUACACCAACGGUUGUACAGGAUGUUUUCUUUCAUGUUGCCUUGUGCCUUAUUUAACACACAUGUAAAAGUCUAAUAUUUCCUAGUUCUAUGUAAAUGGAGUGAUAAAUAGUGUUUAACAUUCCCGUCCCUUUAAUAAAAUGAAGGUCUGACAUGC